AUUUGCAAUCACAUCAUAGUGAAAGAGCUACCAUUGAUCAUACCUGCCUCAGUGAUUAAAGCUCUUGAAACUGAUUUUCUGGACACAAAUUCUAAAGAAGGGAACAUAUCUCAAGAGGAUAUUCAGUUUCUAGAAAUGUUGAAGGUUGACAUUCACUAUAAUCAAAAGGGUCAUUUGGAGAUGCUUCUACCCUUCAGAGAACGUCCAAAACUUCCAAAUAACAAACAGCUUGCGACAGUUCGACUAGGACAUUUGAAAAGAAAAAUGGAUAAAAAUCCAAAAUACAAAGAGGAUUACAUAAAGUUCAUGGAGAAUGUCUUUAAAGAUGGUGAUGCAGAGGAAGCAGUUGACCUCCAAAGGGAUGGUAACAUGGUACAUUCCGCACCACAGCGUGUAUCAUCCUAAAAAACCAGAAAAAAUUAGAGUUGUUUUUGACUGCUCUGCUAAACAUGAAGGCACCUCUUUAAAUGAUCACUUACUCACAGGCCCAGAUAUGAUAAAUGAUUUAGCAGGAAUAUUGUGCAGAUUUCGUGAGCACAAAAUUGCAAUUAUGUGCGAUGUGGAAAAAAUGUUUCACCGCUUUCACGUAAGCCCAGAGGAUCGAGAUUUCCUAAGGUUCCUGUGGUGGAAAGAUGGAAAUACCAACACUGAACCCAAGGAAUAUCGCAUGCGAGUGCACAUCUUUGGUGCAGUGUCGUCUCCUGGAUGUGCUAACUAUGGCAUGAAAUACCUUGCAAGUGAGCACGAAAAAGAAUAUCCCUUAGCCUCCAGCUUUAUUAACAAAAACUUCUAUGUAGAUGAUGGGCUAAUCAGUAUUGAUUCAGUCAACAAAGCAAAGCAGUUGGUCACUGAAGCGCAAGAAGUGUGUGCUAAAGCAAAAUUGCGCUUACACAAAUUUGUGUCCAACAACAAAGAAGUCCUGAGCGUUAUUCCAGAAACAGAACGAGCCAGCAACCCAAAUGAUGUAAGUCUGAACUCCUCAGAGAAGCACUUACAAAGUGUUUUGGGAGUUAAAUGGAACAUUGAAGAUGACAUGUUUUCCUUCAAUGUCACUCUCAAAGAAAGGCCUGCCACACGUCGAGGAAUCCUAGCAACAGUCGCAAGUGUGUAUGAUCCGUUAGGUUUUCUUUCCCCUUACACUUUAACUGGAAAACAAAUACUCCAGGAGAUGUGCAAACGUGGUGUUGAAUGGGACGAACCUAUUCCAUGUGCACAGAAGACAAAAUGGGAAGCUUGGCUCAGAGAAUGGGACAAUCUCCAAAAUGUUCAGAUACCAGGAUGUUUUGUUCCAGAAAACCUUGGUAAAGUCAGAAAGACUGAAAUGCAUCAUUUUUCAGAUGCUAGUAACAGUGGCUAUGGACAGUGUUCAUACAUCAGGAUUGUUACUAAUGAACAAGUGCACUGUACGCUAGUCAUGGGUAAAGCAAGAGUGGCUCCAACAAGAAUAAUUACAAUCCCACGCCUUGAGCUCACUGCAGCAUGUGUUUCUGCUACUGUAAGUAACUUCCUCAAGGAAGAGCUGGAGCUAAAAAUUGAUGGAGUUUUUCUGGACAGAUUCAAAAGUGACGCUUGGAUACAUAAAAAAUGACGCUCGACGCUUUCAUGUAUUUGUGGCGAAUAGAGUACAGAAAGUAAGAGACGUUACGGAUCCAGAACGAUGACUUUAUGUGGAAACUGAUCAAAACCCAGCAGAUACAAUAAAAUACAAUGAGUCGGCACUAAAGGUUACAUAAAUGUAGAUAAGUAAUCUUUAAGAUGUUAGGUCAGAUAAUUUAUGUACCAGGUUUUUGAGAGAAAAUUACAAGAUUUAAUUUUGUCCAAUGCAUGCUGAAUGUAAAUCUUUUGUAAUUUUGGUGGCAGUGUAGCUGACGCAGAAAAAGGGAGUUUUAUUUUGUUAUUUGUUUAUUUUGUGUGUUUACUAAGACUACAAGAUUUGUCAUGUGACUGACAUCUAUUGGUGAAUUUGAGUACUGCGCCAAGAGCGGAACUGGUACGGAGCACAUGUUCAAAUAAGAGACUUGCUGCAUACAGACAGAAGACAAAGACGGCUAGCUGGACAUUUUUUGGAUUCAAAACACGGACAUAUGGUUGGAAAACUUCUCCUAAGUGUUUGGUCAGAAGGAGCACACGUUUUUCACUGUGUUUGCUGGCAAAAAAGAAGAUUUGCUGUGUGGCUAAGAAAAAUAAAAGCUGGUCAAACAUCAGUUGGAGCGUGGCUUUAAUCUGAACCAGACGAAAAACCUUUGGGAGCGGUUACUGUCAAUGUAGGCUAAUUUCAUUUCACAAUGAGUAGGACUCUGAUGAAGGCAGUGAGCAGCAUGACAACGAGCAAGACAUGCCUCAGUCAGAAGAGGACAUGAAAAUAGACGCUGGGGAAGCUCCUGAGCCAGAGGACUUUGAAGAUGCCGAAAAUGAAAUGGUGGAUCCUUAUCCAUUCAGUUCUUUCACUGAGGCAGCCUUGAGCCUUUUCUUUGAAACAUCUGGUAUUUCAGAGAGUACCUUUUCUAGCUUACUAGAAAUCCUGUCACAUGACAGUUUCAGGAAAGAGGAUGUACCACCAAAUGUCAGUGUUUUCAAGGUAGGUAAAGCAAAUUUUGGAUACCGUGGCUCUGUAGCAUCAACUUUCAAUGUGCACUCACAUAGGGUCAUGUUAGCAAAGUUGCAAGUAAAGAAAUAGGCCUUGGUAUAAGAUUCUGUGCUUAUUUCAUUUGACUGUUUUAUCCCAAUUCAGAGGAUCAGGAAAAAGUUACCCAAGGUGCCCAUUAGUGUACAUGGUGAUGAUUCCCAUUUCUACCAUUUUGAUAUGGAGAAGACAGUGGACAACAUCUUAAAACAGAAUACACACAUGGCCAAAAUGACAUUUGUGCCAGUGACAGACUGCCACAGGGAUGCCUUCAAUUCAAGGCUCUUUCAUGAGAGCAAGCUUUUUUGCAUACAGUCUGUAAAGACCAAUGCGGGCAAGGUAAACUCUGACUUUUUUUUUUAAAGCACUCACCAAAAAAGAUGCAGGUUAUCAUUUCAUGUAGGUUUAAUCACCUUUUUCAGGUAUCUGCUCUCAACAUCAUCAAAGUCAACACAGACCGGAGAGGUCAACUUGCACGAGUGGAGUCAAUUGCUUUUGAUAGCUCUAAAAAGGACUUGGUCCUCAGGUGCAGACUGCUGUUCCGUGGUCUGGAAAUGAGAAAUCAUCAGCAAUAUCACCAUAUAACACCAGUCAGAGACCAAAUCUUUGUCUCCGAUGCAGUUGAGUCCAUUAGUUUAGAUGCUGUGGUGAGAAAAAUGCCAAAUAUUGAACAGUACACUGGUCACUACUUGAACAGCCUUCACUCUGCCACAGCUUUUGCAGAGCCAAGCAGCAGGUUCAUCAGAGAUGCAUCAGCUCUCCCUGCUCAUUGCAGUCAGGGACAGCAACACAGAGACCUCCCCACAGGUACAGUAGGAUUUCUCAUCGUCACUGGACAUGAGAAAUAUGGAUAAACAUGUUAAUUUAAAAGAGUGAAACUUCCAAAAGUUAAACAUGAACAUGUAUGAAUUAGCCUAAUUCUUAUUUUCUUCAAGGAGUUCCAGUGCUCCCAUUGUACAUCCAUUUAUAUUUUGAUGGGUUUGGGCUGUACAGGCGGAAGUACCAUUCCACCAAUGGGAUGUACUUUUCCCUGGGUAAUUUGCCCCGUUCUGAUGGGGCAAAAAGGGUAAAUAUGGCCAUCAUAGGUCUUGGAGAACCAGGUAGCACAGUCACUACAUUGAGAUGCAAACAUUUAUUGUUUGAAUUGUGUCAUAUAGGAUUCUAUUAAGUUUAUUUUCUUUCCAAACCGGGAACAUCAUUUCAGCAGUCUAUGGAUGCCAUUACGUCAUACAUAAAGAAACUGCAGGAAGGUUAUUACGCAGACUGUCCUUUCUAUGGGGGUGAGGUGUUUGUCUGUGGAGGAAUUGGUGAAAUCAAUGCAUACAUGCCCCAGGCAAACCACUGUGCCAACUGUUUGUCGUCAACUGCAAACAAGAGAUGUAGGAUUUGUACAGUCGACAAGGCCGACCUCUCCAACCCACAGGCUGCCAGUGAAGCACCCCGCAGGACAAAGGCCAACACAGUUAACAUUAUAACAACCAUGUCUGAAAUGGGUGUUGUAGAGAGGAAACAACAUGAAACAGAGACUGGGAUCCUGUAUAGCCUGAACAAUCAGCUGUUCUCCAAUGACAUUGUCAUUGAACCACACAUUCAGACAAGGAUAGAUCACUUCCAUCUUGAUGCUCUCGGUGUUGCAAGACUGCAAAUAAGUCUGAUUUGGGGCAACAUGAAGGUACAAGUCCAAAAGUUUGUUAGUGAUCUGAUUGUUACCAUCGACAGACCUCACUGGCUCAAACAGAUCCCAGAUCUUCAUCACUUGGCAUGUGCCACUGGAUGCGAGGUGCUACAUCUUAUUCAGAUUUGGCCCUUGGCCCCUUUGGCCCCUUUGGCCCUGGUCCAGACGCAACAAUUGCCGCCUUGUCACCAAAGCCAACAACUUGCUCAGUGGCUACUUGUCUUCAAUCCGAUCAGCAAGUCUGACUGAUGAGGAGGCAAACCAACUCCAGGUCCAAAUUAGUGACCAUCACAGACUAUUUGAGAGGAUUUGGAAGGCAGAUGUGGCAAACCAGGCCAACAUUCAUUGUGGCUAUCACAUUGGGGAGCAAAUUGAUAUGCUGGGCCACCCUAUGAUUGGUGACUGCAACCGCUUUGAGUGAUACCACCAGAGGAUCAAGGACUUGAUUAUCGCUCACAAAAAUGGUGUCAAUAUUGAAAAAUCAAUGGUGAAGAGGAUUGCUGUGUUGGAUACCCUUUGCACACUGUCAACUCCAAAUGAUGAAACAGCAGAAAAUACAUCUGUCCCCGGGCUUCCAGGCUACGCCCCGGUUUACAGGCCAUCAGGAUCAGCCACAGUGAUAUCUGCAGCUGACAUGGGCUUGGGUUGCACAUUGGAAACCAAAUGCCAGAGCUAUCCCACCUGAAAGUGUCAAAAAUGAUGCGCCAGCCAGACCUCAUGGAGAGAAUGGGGGAUAGAGUCCUGACACAGGAAGAGAUCUUCCUUGGCCCAAAGGUUUGGAUAAUGGGAAAACAUGUGAUCAAUGUCAUUAACAACCCUCUCUCUGGGCAACCAGAGAGAUGCAUUAAACACCAAACUGCCACACUGUCCCCACAAAAAUAUAACCAAAUUCACAAAAGGAUGGCGCAGAGCAGCAAUAGUACCAGCAACACAACAUACUGCAUAGCAUUUCCCAGAAGCUGUGCAUCAUUUUGUGUAUUAUACUCUUGGAUAUUUAUCUAAAUAAAUGGAAUACACCUUUUAUAAUAUACCUUUUUAAUGAAUGCAAGUGUUUUAAAAAUAUUUAAUCUCAUUCACAGAUUUGAUGUAAUGACUCUCAGAGUUGGCUCAUUUGUGGAGAUAGCCCCCUUCAACCGAACCCAUGUGAAUGACAGUGACAGGCAACCAGUGAAAAUCACAACCAUAUGGGCUACAAUCUCUGAUAUUCCACUGGUCCUGUUUGAGGGUACCACUUUCUUGCUGCAACGCACAGAAGACCCACUGACAGGCUGCAAACAGUAUCAAGAAGGCGGAAUUUUUUUUUUCCAACAUCACCCAUCACUGACACCCUCCUGUUCCUCCACCACAAAUGCUUCUGGGAGCCAAUUGAAAACCUUGGGAUCGGGACAAAGUCUGCUGCCACCAAUGGACAGUAUUGUCAAUUAGUUGAAAAAAAAAAUCAUUCACAAUCCAAGGAACAAAUUGUUUCUUAGAAAUGCAUAUCUACACUCUUAUACAGAGUAACCUUACCACACACACACACACACACACACACACACACACACACACACACAUGCAGAUAACUUGAUGUCAAACCUAACCUUCUUAACAUGUACAGUAUGUGCAAUAAUUGCAAUACAU